ACUGCCCCGCCGCCACCGGUGGAGGGCGGGGGCCGAGGCCGGCCAUGGAGCGGGGGGCGGCUGCCGCCACUCCACCGGCGGCCGAGGACGAUGACUUCGGUUACCGGUUCUUCCCGGACCGGAACAAGACGCCGCAGGGUUUCCUGGUCCGCAGCCUUUUCACCUUCCACAACAGGUGCCAGCUGAUGCUGAGGAUGACCCUGGACACGAAUCCAUAUGCUCAACUUCUUCUCGAGGCUAUGAAGCAAUCUGGUUGCACUGUCUUCAAUGACCGGCACUUUUCUUGUGAAAACUGUGAUGGCUGUGUCGGUGGAGGUUUUGAUUCUGCCGCAUCUCAGAUUGUUCUGUGUCAGAACAACAUUCACCAACAAUCUCAUAUGAACCGGGUGGUCACACAUGAAUUGAUUCAUGCUUUUGAUCACUGUCGUGCACAUGUUGACUGGUUUAAAAAUGUUAAACACUUGGCAUGUUCAGAGAUUCGAGCUGCUAAUCUCAGUGGAGACUGUACACUACUGAAUGAAAUAGCCAGGUUUAAAUUUGGAUUAAAAGGACACCGUCAGACUUGUGUACGAGACAGAGCAAUUCGUUCCAUUUUGGCUGUUAGAAAAGUUAGCAAAGAAACGGCAGAAAAAGCUGUGGAUGAAGUUUUUGAUGCCUGCUUCAAUGAUCUGGAACCUUUUGGAAGAAUCCCGCACAGUAAAGCAGAUGCAAAACGUGCUUACAGAGACUUUCAGAACAGAGAUCGCUAUAAUACUAAUUUGUAAAGAAAAAAAAGUGAAAAAUUACAUUAAUAUCUGAUUGUAACAUCUGGAGUUACAGUCUACGCACACAAUGCUGGGGGAAAGGGCAAUUCUAUCAAAUGUGUCAAUUAAUUUUGUAAACUUUUUCCAGGAGCCACCUUCUAUGGAAGUAAACAAAGUAAAUGAACAUGACUAAAAAAA